AAACGUCUAAGCUUCCGUAGCUUAACACCACUGCUGUUAGCCGUUAGCCACAACAGCAGCUAUUUAGCGUCGUAUUUGUUUUCUUUUUUUCUGUCAUUAACGGUUAAAUUAACCUAAUUAAACCCACCAGAGGAGGACGUUUGAGGGUGUUUUCCUCCAGGAUGAUCCCUACCGAGGAUGCGUCCGCCAGGAAGCGGGAGAUAGAGGAGAAGCUGAAACAGGAGCAGGAGACUCUGUCGUUCAUCAGAGAAAACCUGGAGAAGAGCGACCAGCUGACCAAAGGGAUGGUUUCCAUCUUGUCGUCGUUCGAGAGCCGCCUGAUGCAGCUGGAGAACUCCAUCAUCCCGGUUCACAAACAGACGGAGAAUCUGCAGCGUCUGCAGGAGAACGUGGACAAAACUCUGUCCUGCAUGGACCACGUCAUCAGUUAUUAUCACGUAGCGAAAGACACCGACAGGAUCAUCAGAGAGGGACCUACAGGGCGGCUGGACGAAUAUCUCGCCUGCAUUGCAAAGAUCCAGAAAGCCGUUGAAUAUUUUCAGGACAACAACCCCGACAGUCCUGAGCUCAACACAGUGAAAGCCCGUUUUGAAAAGGGCAAAGAGCUGCUGGAGGCGGAGUUUCGCAGCCUGCUGACCCGCUACAGUAAACCGGUUCCUCCCAUCCUGAUCCUGGACGCCAUCAGCGUGGACGAGGAGCUGGAGGUCCAGGAGGAGGUGGUUCUGGAACAUCUGCCUGAAGCCGUCCUGCAGGACAUCAUCUGCAUCGCCGGCUGGCUGGUGGAAUACGGACGGAACCAGGAUUUCAUGAACGUUUACUUCCAGAUCAGGUCCAACCAGCUCGAUCGCUCCAUCAAAGGCCUGAAGGAUCAUUUCCGUAAGAACAGCGCCUCCUCUGGGAUCCUGUACUCACCUGCCGUCCAGACCAAACGCAAGGACACACCCACCAAGAAGGCCCCCAAGAGACCAGUCUACAUCCCAGGGACCAUUCGAAAGGCUCAGAACCUUCUGAAACAGUACUCACAGCAUGGGCUGGAUGGGAAAAAGGGGGGCUCUAACCUCACUCCUUUGGAAGGAAAAGACGACGUCCUGGACAUCGAGAUCGACUCGUACAUCCACUGCAUCUCCGCCUUCGUGAAGCUGGCUCAGAGCGAGUACGCCCUUCUGACCGAGAUCAUCCCCGAACACCACCAGAAGAAGACCUUCGACUCGCUUAUUCAGGAGGCUCUGGACAACCUGAUGCUGGAGGGAGACAACAUCGUCUCUGCAGCUCGUCGGGCCAUCAUGAGACACGACUACUCGGCCGUCCUCACCAUCUUCCCCAUCCUCCGACACCUGAAGAUGAACAAGUCCGAGUUCGACGCCACGCUGCAGGGAACAGCGGCGAGCACCAAGAACAAGCUGCCGACACUCAUCACCUCCAUGGAGACGAUCGGAGCCAAAGCUCUGGAGGAGUUUGCAGACAGCAUCAAGAACGAUCCGGAUAAAGAGUACAACAUGCCCAAAGAUGGAACCGUCCACGAGCUGACCAGCAACGCCAUCCUGUUCCUGCAGCAGUUGCUGGACUUCCAUGAGACGGCCGGAGCCAUGUUGGCCUCCCAAGUUCUGGGGGACACUUACAAUAUUCCUUUAGACCCCCGAGAGACGAGUUCAGCGAGCAGCUACACCUCCGACUUCAACAAACGCCUCCUCAGCGCCUACAUCUGUAAAGUUUUGGGGAACCUGCAGCUGAACCUGCUCAGUAAAUCCAAAGUUUACGAGGAUUCGGCUCUGAGCGCCAUUUUCCUGCACAACAACUACAACUACAUCCUCAAGUCGCUGGAGAAGUCGGAGCUCAUCCAGUUGGUGACGGUGACCCACAAACGAGCCGAGACGUCGUACAGAGAGCUGAUCGAGCAGCAGAUCGACACGUAUCAGCGGAGCUGGCUGAAGGUCACUGAACACCUGACGGACCGCAACAUGCCGCUGUUCCAACCUGGAACCAAGCUGAAAGAUAAAGAACGACAAGUGAUUAAAGACAAAUUCAAGGGUUUCAACGACGGUCUGGAGGAACUCUGUAAGAUCCAGAAAGGUUGGGCGAUUCCAGACAAGGAGCAGCGAGAUUCCAUCCGACAGGCUCAGAAGAAGAUCGUUUCUGACGCCUACAGAGCUUUUCUGCACAGAUGUGCCAACAUUUCCUUCACCAAGAACCCUGAGAAGUACCACAAGUACCGGCCGGAGGAGGUGGAGGAGAUGAUCGAGAAGCUGUUCGACACGUCUGCCUGAGCUGCACCUUCAACAAACCAAACAAGCUCCUCCAUCCACCGUCACUCCUCGAUGUGUCCGACGGAUGUUUUGUACAAAGAUCUUGAUGUAUUUAUGUAAUUUAGCUGCUGCAGCUUCAAAUAAAAGGGAAUCUGAGUGAA